AUGACGCCCGUCGCUUUAUCGCUCGCGCUGACGAUAUCCCUGCUCACGGCCGUCGCGGCGACGCUGACCUACGAUGACGUCGCGGAGGCGUCCUGUUAUCUUCGAACCUACGGCUUUCUGGAGAACGAGGAGAAUCAUCAGCAGUCGUCGUCAUUGGACAACGCGAUCACCCUGAACGAAGCGCUAUCAUUGUUUCAGAAAUACUACAGUCUGCCGGGAAACGGCGUUCUGAUCGUGGAAACGAUUCGCGUCAUGCGCAGGUCGCGAUGCGACGUCGCGGACAUUCACGCUUACAGCCCAUUGACGAGAAAGUGGCCGAGAACGCAUCUCAUGUGGAACUUCAGACUAGCGAACAGAGAUACUCUGCGCACGAUUCAGAGCGCGUUCGCUCUGUGGUCCAAGCAAUCCUCUCUGACGUUCUCGCGCGACCCGCUGCAACCCGAUAUACUGAUAUCCUAUCAAUCCGGCGCUCACGCAUACGAGAACAGCGGGGACUCGUGCCCGCCGCCACGGGUGCCGUUCACGGGACCGAGAUCGGUCGUCGCUCACGCGUUCUUUCCGACCGGAGCGCCCAAUCAAGUGACUGAGGUACACGUCAACGAGACGGAGCCGUGGCACAUCACGCUGGCCAGGCCCCCGUCGGACAAGCUGUAUCUUCUUCAGAAACGCUGA